CGAGAGCAUCUUUCUCUUAAAGUUACAGCCACACUUUCUAGAAUGUAGUACUAUGUAGGAUAUUAUACACUGAGAUGUAAAGACUGAAGGGAGAAACUGAGAACUUGAGGCCAAUGAAAGGGAUCCAAGGUUAAAGAAACAGACAUUUAUGUUAUUAACCAGAAAAAAAACCUGAGCAACAAAGGGUAUUUAACUUGGGAGCAAGUUGAAGGCACCUACUGUAGGGUCAACGCAAUGCAUCAUGUGGCUUGCAGGGGUUGCUUGGCACUGAAGACAUGGAGUGGCCCUGAAGAUAAACCUGAGACAUGAAAGCUGACAUUUCCAAGGAGGUGCAUCAGUUGCCCGGCUAUGGCAGAGGCGCACUGAGCUAACCUUCUGGGCCUCCUGAAAGGCACGUUGGACUGGGACCAAGCAGCCACCGAAGGAGACUGACUACAAACCAACAAUGCUGGGCUACCUAUUCCUCUUGGGGCUUUUCCUGGCUGCCCCGACAGACCUUCAUGCCGGCUCUUCCUCCUUGCGCUUCAUUGCUGUGGGAGACUGGGGCGGAGUCCCCAAUGCGCCUUUCUACACGGCCCGUGAGGUGGCCGUAGCCAAGGAGAUGGGGCGGACAGCAGCAUCACUAGGAGCUGAUUUCAUCCUCUCCCUGGGAGACAACUUCUACUACAGUGGUGUUAAUGAUGUCUAUGACAAGCGUUUUCAGGAGACCUUUGAGUCCGUUUUCCAGGCUCCCUCGCUUAGAAAGUUGCCCUGGUAUGUUUUGGCUGGAAAUCACGACCAUUCAGGGAAUGUCUCUGCCCAGAUUGCCUACAGCAAGAUCUCCAAGCGUUGGCAUUUCCCCAAGUACUACUACAAGCUGAGGUUCAAGGUGCCUGGCAGCAAUGCUUCCGUUGCCAUCCUCAUGAUCGACACUGUGACUAUCUGUGGCAAUUCGGACGACUUCCAAGAUGAGCAGCCCUUGCAUGCACGGGAUCCCAACAUGGCCCGUAGCCAGCUCUCCUGGCUUCGCAAACAGAUGGCCAACUCCCAAGACGACUACUUGCUCGUGGCUGGGCACUACCCAGUGUGGUCUGUGGGGAAGCAUGGCCCCACUGCAUGCCUGGUCAAGCAACUGCAGCCACUGCUGCUGAAAUACAAAGCCACAGCCUACUUGUGUGGCCAUGAUCACAACUUGCAGUAUCUUCAGGACAAAUCCGGCUUGGGUCACGUGCUGAGUGGGGCAGGCAACUUCAUGGAUGAAUCCAAGCAGCACCUCAAUCAAGUUCCUGCUGGUUACUUACGUUUCUUCUAUGGCUAUACUGCUUCCCAAGGUGGAUUCACCUAUGUUGAGAUUAAUGGGAAAGAGAUGAGCAUCACUUUCAUUGAGGCCAGGGGCAAGUCACUCUACAAGACCACACUGCCCAGGCGGAGACGCUUCUAAAGACAAGAGUGCCUUCACCAUUGAUUAGACAUCCUGACUUGUAGUAAGGGGCACCUGUUAUAUCUCUGGAACACACAUACACUUAUCUGACUCCUUUCUCCUAGAUGGGUAUUUGUGGGGAACAUACAAAGCUCUGAGAAUGUACAGUAGUCUCUCACAUUUUGGGAGAUACUCCCACCUCAACCCUACAGUCUUGGAACCUCCCCAUCCUUUCAAUAUAAAAAAUACUCCUUUGUGAAUGUUGUCUCUGAAGCAUCCCUGUGGCUCUUGCCCAAUCUUGGGAAUGCCUCAGAUCAAGCGUGAACCUUGUGAUGGUGAAAUCAGGAAUAUGAGGUUUCCAUCAUGUUAGGGCAAGGUCCAUGCCAGAAACAGGAGACAAAUCAGUAUCAGAGAAUGGUCUUAGGCUUUCCCAAGCUUAAAUAAAACAAGACACCUUUGUUCAUGGGUUUCAUUCCAACUCUGAGGUGAGAUUCUAUAUGGUCUUCCUGUCCAAGUUUCUGUCUCAUCAGGGUGAAAUAGAAGCAAGGUUUAGAGGUGGGAUCCAUUGUCCUUCCUGCUGUCAUAUAUGCACAAAAUUGGCAACCAUAGAAUAAUUUGUUUUUACAAUAGUGAGGAAAAGGUGAAAGGGAAGUCUCCUUAGCUUACUGCACAGUUUGUUGCUAUAACAUAGUAGAGAUUUGGCCUUGCAAUGAGCACCCUCAGAAUAAUAAUCAGCUCAUGGUGCUGUCAUUAACUCCUAAAUUUAUUAAAGGAGAAUAAACUUUUGUCUCCUUUAUGAUCAUCACCCUAAGGUUAGUUUCAGGGUCAUUGCUUCCUGGUGAAGACAGUUGAACUUGAUAGUUGAUUGGAACUGGAGCUGAAAAAUAAUUGUUUUCACACCUUUCAGUGAAAACUGGUCUCUCUUGGUACAGUUGGAAAAUGGACCAAGAAUGGUUGUUGUAUGUUUUCCGGGCUGUAUGGCCAUGUUCUAGAAGUACCAAGAAUGCCAACAUCGGAGGCUGGAUCUACAUUGCCAUAUAAUGCAGUUUCAGAAUGCAGGUUAACUGCAGUGAACUGGAUUAUAUGUCAGUGUAGACUCAUAUAUUCCAGUUCAAUGCUGUUAAUCUGCAUUCUGAAACUGCAUUAUAUGGCCGUAUAGUUGCCUCACUCUGGGUGAUGGCCCAAUCUUAGUCUAUUCAAAAGUGCUAGUAGAAGAACAUUGCAAGUUUAAAGGAGGCAGAUCCUUUUUCUAAAUAGACUACUUGAUUCUUUGAUGACUACUACUUCUUUGAUGACAGGACUCUUCGGGGUUGUUUUUCCUUUUUGAUCUGUGUUGCAUUUGAUUCUGCAUUUACUUUUGGCUUCACAUUUUAAAGUUACUCAUUUGCCAAGAUUUUUAUUUACUGAAAUGGGAGGGAUUUGUUUCCUUCAAGAUUAAUGAUGAUUCUCUGCGACUAGAAUUCAGUUGUAUUCUGUAUAUGGGCUACUAGGUUUGUUUAAGAAAAUAACAGAAUCUUUUAAUGUUUUCUUGUGAGUAGUUUUAAAAUAAAUUACUUUGAAAAUA